AUGGGGCGUCGCUCCUCGGACACGGAGGAGGAGAGCAGGAGCAGAAGGAAGAAGAAGCACCGCAGGCGAUCGUCCUCCAGCAGCUCCUCGGACAGCCGAAGCUACAGCCGGAAGAAAGCAGGGAGGAAGUCCAGGUCCAGCUCCCGCUCUCGAGAGCUCCAGCCUCGCUCACACUCCUAUGAGAAAAGGGACCCUGGCAACAUCAAAGCUGGAUUAGAACAUCUGACUCCUGCUGAACAGGCCAAGGCUCGACUGCAGCUGGUUCUCGAGGCAGCUGCUAAAGCUGAUGAAGCAUUGAAGGCUAAAGAGAGAAGUGAAGAGGAAGCCAAGAAGAGGAAGGAAGAAGACCAAGCCACCCUGGUGGAGCAAGUGAAGCGAGUCAAAGAAAUUGAAGCUAUUGAAAGCGACUCCUUUGUUCCACAGGCCUUCAGAUCUAGUAAAGAAGUCAGGAAGUCAUCAGAACCUGCUGAGCUCCAGUAUGAGCCUGCACCCAGCGGGGUGGAGGGCACUGCUGAGCCAUCUGCUCCUGACAAAGAGCCACCAGCAGCCAACAUCCCUACUGCCAUCAAGUAUCAGGAUGAUAACUCCUUGGCACACCCCAAUCUGUUCAUGGAGAAGGCAGAAGCAGAGGAGAAGUGGUUCCAGAGGCUGAUGGCUCUGCGGCAGGAGAGGCUGAUGGGCAGCCCAGUGGCCUGA